AUGCAUUUUUGGAUCGAUAAGCGCUCACAACAAUGUGGCUUUGGAAGAUCACGUGUUGCGGCCUCACUCUCAGGUGCUGGAGGGUCUGGUCUCAGUUUUGGACAUCCACCACGACGCAUAAGCAGCGGCAGUGGCAGUAAAUCGAGCAGUAGAAGCGCACUGCCAGACUGCCAUCACAGCAAUGUGGCUGGCAGCAGCGGCAGCCGUAGUCACCAAUAUCAACAUCCACAUCAGCAUCAACAGCUACAACAACAACAACAUCAACAACAUCAACUGCAGCAAGCAAGUAAUAACAAUAAUUUCAAUGGUGGCAACAAUUGCCAGCAAUCACAUACGCACAGUAGCAACAAUAGCAAUUAUACUCAAAGUAACAGCAACACCGCCAAUAUCACCGCCAACGCUGCCAACACUGGCGCUUCUAUACAAUCCACCACCGCCUCGGUGACGCUCAACAACAAUCCCCACCAGUAUGGUUACCAGCAGACGCAACAUCAUACCAGCGGUAGCGGCUCAAUGCUGAGCCACCACAUGCCUGCUAAUAGCAAUAUAACGAACAACAACAAUGCCACCACAUCUACGUCCACGGCUACAGCAGGCGAUGCGCGCGGUGUCACGCCCGGGGCGCAAAAUUUUAAUCAACGUGGCGCUGCAUUGUUGCAAAACACUGUUGGCACACCAAAUACGCCGCUCUAUCAGCAGCACACAAAUCAAUGCUACGAUAUGCGCAGCUAUCAUCAUCCCCAGUUUGGCAAUAUGUCGGUGCGACAUUAUCAAUAUCCUGGCAGAAAUUGCAAUGGUCCAACACAUACCAAUGCUGCAAAUUCCGCGGCACAUGCAUAUCGCGGCGGCGGUAACAGCAGCACAAGAACAAUUGUUGGCGUUACAACUGCAGCGUCUUCAAUGUCCACUAUGCAACAUCUCGAUCAAAUGCCAUAUCGACAACAACAUGCCUUCAGCCACUGCACCACUGGCCCUGCUCAGUCGAAUGAGUCGAUCAUGGGCGGCUCUGCACCCAUUUCCACCAACACCACAAACACCGCUAGCUACGCAGUGGCUAACACAGCGCAUCGCUAUAGCUCCGCCGCCAUAAAUAUGCGCGCCAGCAAUAUGACUGUGGAUACGGGUGGCGGUGACGCCCAACUGCUGCCCUCACAUCUGAAGUGCGGCAUGUGCGCUUCGUUGGUGCUGGCUUCCGUAUUUGUAGCAGGCGCUAAAUUUUAUUUUGACCAUCAGGGCACCGGCUUGGAGGUGUUGAUCUUCUGCGCUUUCUCCGCCACAUUCUUUUUAGCCGCUUGCACUGUUUCACUCUGCCGCGUACCGAAAGGCCUACUUCCGAGUGGUCGCAAUGCUGUGCUCGGCGCGCAACAGCGCACUGAUGCUGAUAGUGGUAUGCAUUGUACGCGUGCUCCCUACGGUAGACGUGACAUCAUGAACAGUGAUGGAACUGGUGGCGGUGAUUUGGGGGGUUUGGAUGACAUACAUGGCGCACCGUUAUGCGGUCAAUUGCAAUUGAUUGAGGACUCGGCAAGUGCUGGACCACCACCAUAUCAUAUAGCAAUCUACUUUCCGGAGACAGAGAACAGUGGCAAGGGAAAAGAGGCACCGAUCGAUGAUGAAUCACCGCCGCCGUCCUAUGAUAAGAUACUUAUCUAAAUUUAAAGAGUGAUGUAUAGAAGAGAGAUGAUUUUUACUAUGGCGAAAGCCUAUUAAUAAUCUGAUGUCAAUGAUAUGACAGAAAUCAAUCAAUCUUCAUUAUCUUAUAUGUACAUACAUACAUAUGUAUGUAGAAGUUAUAU